AGCCCAAAAGGAUGAUGCACAUUACUCCCUAAAAGGCCAGAAACAAAGUUAUCCUAUCUGAGUAGCCCACUGCGGAAGCCUCUUACCUGUUCGACAAAAUGCCUCAAAGAGAAUAAUCAUCUAAGUUCUUUCACAAUCUACGAUUCUUGGUUUAAGGGAGUCUUGGUUUUGCUGGUAUAAUUUAGCCUGAAGAUUGAAAAUGGAGAAAAUAAUGGUGUUGCAGCGUAAUCCAACUUCCCUAUCCACGCAGCUAUUCCCAACUACAACUGCUUAUAACUGCAGUUUAAGCUGCUCCAAUGUCAUUUCUUUCAGAUUUCCCAGAAGAAUUAAUAUAGUCAAAAUUUAUUCUUUUCAAAAGUUCACUAAAAGGACUAACGUAGUCAACUUAACCAAAGCUUCUUUGUGGGAAGAUCCUGAUGACGGUAGUGAUAGUGAAGAUGAUGAUGAAGAAGAAGUGGAAGAAGAGAAUGAAAUGGAAGAAGAAGAAGAAGAAGAAGAAGAAGAAGAUAUGGAUGUUAAGAGUAAGUGGGACUAUGGAGCAGAAAAUAAAGCAACAGCUAGUUCUACAAAUGGGUUGUCUAGUAGCAACUCUGAAGAGGAGUUUAUGAAAGAGGUAGAACAGCUUUUGAGCCCAGAGGAAAGGGCAAUUUUGUACUGCAACCAUACUACAGAGCUGGAUAAGAUAUCAACUGAAAAAUGGAACCCUCUUCACACUUUUGCACUAGCAGGGCAGAUACGAUUUAUGGAUAGACUUCUAGAGGAGGGUCUUGAUAUUGAUGUUGUUGACAAGGAAGGGCGAACUGCUCUCCACCAUGCGGUUUUUGGUAAAAAAGAGGCUGUCAUCAGUCAUCUUCUAAGAAAAGAUGCAAAUCCUCAAGUUAGGGAUUUGGACGGUGUUACCCCGCUUCAUUAUGCAGUUCAAGUAGGAGCCAUGCAAACUGUUAAGUUGUUAAUCAAAUACAAGGUUGAUGUGAAUGUUGCUGAUAACGCGGGCUGGACGCCGCUGCAUGUGGCCAUGCAAAGCAGAAACAGAGACAUAGCCAAAAUUCUUCUAGUCAAUGGAGCAGAUAAGUACAGGAAGAAUAAGGAUGGCAAUACACCCCUUGAUCUUAGCCUUUGUUAUGGCAAAGAUUUCAAGUCUUAUGAUCUGGCGAAAUUACUGAAGCUCGUUCCUGCUAAUAGAGAGCUGUGAUUCGCUUCUACAAUUUAGUCACAGCUCCAAGAGAUGGAUCUUCCAAAUAUUCAAGAAGAUCAGAGCCAGAACAUUGACUUCGCCGUCUUAGCUCAUAUUUAGCAGAUUCUUCUGCAGAUUUGCCUCCGACAGAAGAAAUGCUGAUCAAACAGUUGAGGAAGUUCAUUAAGCAUGUUACGAUGGAGAUAUUGACGCACAAUUCAGAUUAUCUAUAAGACCUGGAACUGCAAAAUCUUUGGGCAAUUGUGCAGUCAGUCUUGUAACAGAUUUGUAAAUUAUCUAUUUUUUAUGGCAUACAUGUCUCAGUACUGAGUUUACACAUUCUACUGAGCCAGUAUCAGGGAAUUGGAAAGUUAUGAAUUCUUUAGUACGUCUAUGAAAAA